AUGAAUAAUUCCAGUGAAUCCCUUCAUACAGACUUUGGGUCAUCCAUUGUGACCACUAAUUCUGGUGCUAAUGAAAGCAGUUCUUCUGCGACAACGACUCACACCUCUCGCAACACUAUAUCAAUACAGUUGGCGGUGGCCAGCGGUUCACUGAACAAGAACUCGUCGGUCGUGCCCAACGAGUUGUUUGAGUCGAACCCAGCCAUUCAGGACGCCGUGUCAAAGGUUCUGCAGAGCUAUGACUGGUCACUAGUGGCCCGGACUAACAGACAGACCACUAGUACUAAGCAAAGGACUCAUGUGAAGCGUCCUAUGAAUGCCUUUAUGGUGUGGGCUCAGGCGGCCCGUAGGAAACUCGCUGAACAACACCCGCACAUCCAUAACGCAGAACUCAGCAAAACUCUGGGAAAACUCUGGAGUAGAGUUCUCGGCGACGAUGAGAAGAAGCCCUUCAUUAUAGAAGCGGAAAGACUUCGCUGCAAACAUAAGAAAGACUUUCCGGAGUAUAAAUAUCAGCCCCGAAGAAGGAAACCAUUGAAACCAAUGCUGGCCUCCAGUUCUGCCUCUUCUUCCAGUGUUACCACAAACUACUCGAACCCACAAAACACUGAAAGCGAUCACUCAAUGAGCGGUCGAAACACAGAAACAAAUGCAUCGAAUGAUGCGAACCAACAGUGCAGAGCCAGCCCUACCACUGCAUCGGAUAGAGUUUGGCCAACCAUUCAAACAGAUAGUGUCGGACAUUGCAGACCCUCUCUGGUGAGCACAUCAGAGCGCGUUUGGCCCCUUCCUCCUGAAUCGGGCCAACACUGCAGAAGUGGACUCAACUCUAAUACAGACAGAGUUUGGCCUCAAAUGCAGACUGAAUCGGCACAACACUGCAGAAAUACAGCCGAUAGAGUUUGGCCCGCAUUACAGACAGACAAUGAUCAGCACUGCAGACCAGGUCUGACCAAUACUUCGGACAGAGUUUGGACAUCAUUGCAGAUAGAAUCGGGUCAACACUGCCGGUCAAGUCUUACCAAUGCCACCGAACGUGUUUGGCCGGCCCUACAAAUUGACUCAACUCAACACUGUAGGUCUAGUUUAGCCAACUCUGCAGAGCGUGUAUGGCCUGGACUGCAGAUAGAGUCGGGCCAACACUGCCGCUCCAGUCUCAUGAAUACAGCCGACAGAGUUUGGCCGACACUGCAAAUAGAUUCGGGACAACACUGUAGAGCAACUCUCGCCACCACUUCAGACAGAGUGUGGCCGUCCAUACAAACAGAGGGACAACAUUGCAGACCUGCUUUAGCCAACACUUCAGACAGGGUUUGGUCAACAUUACAGUCCGAUUUUGGACAGCAUUGUAGACCCAGCUUAGCUAAUAGCGCCGAUCUGGAAGAGAUAGAUAAUCCCAAAAAUAAUGAAAACACUAAGAAUUUAAACUUGUCGCAUUUCUUUAGUACGAUUUAUGAUAUGAAAUGA